CUUCCACCAUCAGUGAAGAAAAUUAAACAGUUUCAGUUGCCAGCAAUAACAGGUAAACUGAGUGUUGCCAUGUUGGAGAUGCUGAAAGAUCAGACAGUGGACCGUAUCCUACAGGCAGAAAAAGCUGCCGCAGUCGGCCACGUGGAACAUCAUCGGGGGAAACUCUUGGCAACCCUCGCUACCUUAUUCGGACAAUCCACCAAAUUGGGUUUCAAGGAAUACAUCUUUAACGAUUUACGCAGUCGUCAGGAACUGGCAUUUUCCUGGCUCUACCAGGAGUUUGCAUUCUGUCAAGGCUACAGCGCCAACCACUCAAAUGCUCACAAGCCGGCUGGACUGGAGAGCUACGAUGCCUGUUUGAGCGGCCUACUGACCAGUCUCUUGGAGGCAGAUGACCAUCAUGGGGACAGCCUGUUUCACCGUCUAAUGCUGGAGGCACCAGCUCUGACUGACAGCGCCCUAGCUAUCAUGCAUCGCUACUGCUUUACCACUAAGCACACGGAGGCAGGCAUGAAGACACUGAUACAGCUAAUCAACAAUCGUCCAGCAUGCAGACCAAAGAUACUAGAGCUGCUCUUAGAAUUCACAAGCUUUGACAAGUCAGAGAUUCGCAAUGUUGCCAUCAAGUCAGCUCAGAGCCUGCACGCCAGUGGCAGGAUGCAGGCUGAGAUUGAAAGGUAUGCCAACAUGCAGCUGAAGAAGCUGCUGCUGCCAAAGCCACCACCGGUCCCUGGAAAGCAAGAAGCACCAGAAACCUGGACAGAAGACAUGAUUAAGGCUCAUCUGUACCUUCAUCUGGGGCUCUUGCCUUCUAAUCACAAACUUAUCCAUGAGUUAGCUAACGUCUACACAGCCACCACAGCUGAUAUAAAGCGUACGAUCCUUAGAGUGCUAGAAGUGCCAGUGAAAGGAAUGGGUAUGGAUUCCCCCGAGUUGCUGACCCUGGUGGAAAACUGCCCCAAGGGAUCUGAGACUUUAGUGAUGAGGAGGGACAGUUACCACAGUGAAAGAAGCAUCGAGGUGAUGGAAGCACUGCCCAAACUAAUCAAACUCAACCCAAUGGUUGUGAAAGAAGUGUUUAACCGACUCAUGGGAAGCCAUGUGAGCAACGAUUCGACGUAUCACUCACCGCUGACGCCAGUGGAGCUUCUUGUGGCUCUGCACAAUAUUGACUCUGCCAAGUGUGACAUUAAAACUACAAUCAAAGAGGUGCUGGCCAUUGUCAUGCAACAGUUGAUGGAACAGGACCCUCUGCCCACGCUUCUCAUGAGGACUGUGAUCCAGUCCCUGUCCAUGUACCCACGGCUGAUUGGGUUUGUUCUCAACAUUUUGCAGAGACUCAUCAUUAAAAAGGUGUGGAAACAGAAGAAAGUCUGGGAAGGUUUCAUAAGAUGCUGCCAGCGGGCCAAACCACAGUCCUUCCAGGUGCUGUUGCAGCUGCCUGCCGCACAGCUCAAGGAUGUGUUUGAGGUCUGCCCUGAUCUCAGGGAGCCACUUCUGACUCAUGUGCAGAGCUUCACAGAAAAUCAGAAGGCUCACAUCAACAAGGCAGUUAUGACUGUGCUGGAGGAGGCGGAGUUGCGCGCAGAGAUGGCGGAGGCGGAGAAGGUAAAUACUGGCAAGGAACGAGAGAAGGAAGAAGUCCACAAGAUUCAAAGCAUGACAGAUAGUACCCCUCAGAAGAUGUCAACCUUGACGGUUGUAAAAACUGUUGAGAAUACACCGUCAGUGUCGGAGACAGUGAAAGAAAAGACAAGUAGCAUCAAGAUAUCUUUCCCCUCAAAUAAGGGAGGUGAGAAGCCUGAGAGGAAAAGGAGCCAUGAGCGGGAGUUUAGCAAGGAACGCAGAAAAGAUGAUGAGAAAAACAAAGAUGAUGAUAGGAGCGAAGAGGAUUACUUAUCUAGGAGGAGUUCAAAG